AUGUCUCAGCAUCCUUCAGCGCUCAAGAAUUUUCUUGCCGGCGGAUUUGGCGGCGUGUGUCUGGUGGCUGCAGGACAUCCUCUAGACACACUCAAGGUGCGCAUGCAGACGCAGCCUGCUGACAAUCCCAUUUAUAGGAACACUUGGGACUGUGUGAAGAAGACUGUUGGCAAAGAAGGAUGGCGUGGCCUGUACAAAGGCAUGGCUGCUCCUAUAGUUGGUGUGACUCCAAUGUUUGCGGUUUGUUUCUGGGGAUACGGAGUUGGGAAGAAACUUCAAAUGUCUUCACCAGACCAACAGCUUAGUCUUCUUCAAACCUUCAAUGCUGGCCUGGUAGCUGGGGUGUUUACAACUGGUAUUAUGGUGCCAGGAGAAAGGAUCAAGUGCAUGCUGCAGAUUCAAACAGCUGCUGGAGGAGUACAGUACUCCGGACCUCUUGAUGUUGCACGUAAAGUCUUUCGACAGUCUGGAAUCCAAGGCUUGUACAAAGGAACGUGUGCUACUCUGCUGAGAGACCUUCCUGGCAGUGGCAUGUACUUCAUGGGGUAUGAAGGGAUUCUACGAAUGAUAACUCCAGAAGGACAAUCGAGAGACACACUGAGUGCACCCCGAGUUCUAUUAGCAGGAGGUGCCGCUGGUGUGUUGAAUUGGUCUGUUGCCAUAGCUCCAGAUACUCUCAAGUCACGUCUACAAACAGCCCCAGAAGGGACAUAUCCAAGAGGAAUUCGUGAUGUCUUUAGAGCUUUGGUUCGACAGGAAGGCUACUUAGCUUUGUUCAAAGGUCUUUUUCCUGUAAUGUUACGAGCCUUUCCAGCCAAUGCGGCUUGUUUUCUGGGGUUCGAAGUCGCUAUUCGUUUUCUCAAUUUUGUUGCUCCGUCGUGGUAGCAGCUGUAUGAAAGAACUCGAAUUUUAAUUCCACUCAUAUUGUAACGUUGUAGCUUAGAAUCCACACGAUAUAUUGUUUGUCAAUUAACAAUGGAUUCUUGUACUCGG